AUGGCCACAACGACAGAUGCAAGUGGUCAAAAUCGAUCAGGUGUUCUUGGACAGCUCGAAGAUGAGAUUGCGCAAAACCCAUUGGACCAUAAGAAAUGGGGGCGGUUGAUUGAGCAUGUGAUCUCCAAAGACGAUGAGGAACAAGUUCGCUCAGUGUUUGAACGUUAUUUUGCCAUUUUCAAAUUCGAUGCUAGACAGUGGAGCAACUACAUUAAUUUUGAAUUGAACAAAGGUGAACAGGGCAAAGUUGUUGAUCUCUUCGCCAAGUGCCUCCCUAUUACAGAUGACGUCGAACUAUGUCGGACAUACGUUCUGUACGUUAGGCGAACAAAUGAUAUAAUCACAGGCGGCGAACGAGCCAGAAAUACUGUUGUUCUGGCGUUUGACUUUGCAGUCGAUAAAGUCGGCUGUGAUAUUGACAGUUUUGAAUUGUGGAAUGACUAUUUAGACUUUUACAAGACAUGGACCCCAGCCACUUCGUACGAACAACAGCAAAAAAACGACCUUAUAAGAAAACUUUAUAAAAGAUGUCUUGUUAUUCCAAAUGCCAAGAUAGAAAAAAUGUGGUCGGAAUAUACGAAAUGGGAGAAUGAAGUAUCGUCGCCUAAUGUUGCCAGCAAAUUCAUUGCUGACUUGUCUACAGAAUAUAUGGAAGCCAGAUCAUGGAAUACGGAAUGGCACAGCGUGACAAAAUCCUCUAUAAAGAGAAGAAUGGUCGCAUUAUCCCCAACCAAUGACCCGAACGGUGUAUUGGCUGAACAAGUUGAGCUUUGGUUCAAAUGGCUUGAUUUAGAAAAAAAGAAUAGCUUGAACUUGAAAGAGGAAGAGCUUCAGCAUAGAGUAGAGUAUGUUUUCAAGCGAGCAAUCUCUAUUUUACCUUUCGUUCCUGAAAUGUGGUAUCGGUAUACUAGUUUUCUCGUCCUGGGUAAUGAAGAAGCAAGCAGGAACAAAUGCAUAGAGCUCCUUUCUGAUGCAUUGAAGUUAAAUCCCCGCAGUUUUCUCUUGAGUUUUCAGCUUGCUGAGUUCUAUGAGAAAGAAAGUGCAUUCCCUAAAGCGCAAGGUGUAUUUGAUAGCUUAAUCAAAAUCCUUGUUAAAGACCAUUCCUUAAUUCAGUUACAGAUUGAAAAGCUCAAAUCCUCAAAAUCCAAAUCUUCAGAGAUGAUCAAAAAGAACAAACUGAUGGAAAAAGAACAUGGGGCCAGUAGCGACAGCGAUGAGGACGACGACGAUGAACCUAUAAUCCAAUACUCAGAAUCAGAGGCCUUAAAACUACUUGAUUUAGAACUUCAACUCUCAGAAUUGAACAAGCUGGUUACCAGUGUUUAUGUAAAUUUUAUGGCUUUGUGCAAACGAUCUCAGGGUAUCAAAGAGGUCAGGGCGGUGUUUAAGCAACGUAAAAAUUUCAAGCCCAUGGGGUAUGAAUUCUAUGUUGAAAAUGCCUUGAUAGAGUUUUAUUCUGACAACAAAAAGAUUUCUGACAAGGUGUUUGACUUGGCGAUGAAGACAUUCAGCAAGGAUGGGGGUUUUUUGUAUGCCUACUUGGAGUAUUUAAUACUCACUAACUCUAUUGAAAGCUUGAAAGUGUUUUUUGAGAUGGCCAUAACGAACCUCCUGAAAGAAAUUUCUAACGACAAGGAGCUCCUUCAACUAUCAACAACUAAUAUUUUGCAUCAAAAGAAGAGAGCUGAGAGUCUAAAGCGCAAUCAGUAUUUUAUGAAAAAAAUGUUCCGCAGGUAUAUCCGCUUUGCUUCAUGUUACCUAAACUUGGACACUGUCUUGUUACUUGAAAAGCGUUAUAGCAGUUUCUUCCCUGAUGAUGAUGAAAUGUCUUUGUUUAUUGAUAGAUACAGCAAACCAUUCGAUGGAAUAGCAAAGUAUGAUUUGGGAGAGAGGGUUGUCAUUGGUUUUGAAGACGAUGAAAUGGACAUAGAGGAAAAAGAAAACGGGCUUCCUCUCAAAAAGAAAAGAAAGACUAAUGAUCGCGACAACUACUCACCAGAAACCUCUAAUGGUAAAUACGAUGGGGGAUCAUUCAAUCAACAAAUGCCUGGAAAUUCGCAACAGCAUGGCUUUGUUGGAAAUACAAUCUACAACUUAUUGCAAGUCUUGCCCAAUGCUGGUUACUUUGGGCCGCUCUCCGAGCAUGUUUUCAAUAGCUCAAAAUUGGUUGAAUUGUUCGGUAACUUGACGAACGUUCCGGGUGAUUCUUGA